AUGGCGAAGCGCGGUGCGGACCUGCUGCACGACCCGUGGUACAACAAGCACACGGCGUUUGAAGCGCCUGAAAGGGACCGGCUGGGACUGAGGGGGCUGCUGCCGCCAGGGUACCAGACUAUGGACGAGCAGGUGGCACAGUUCAUGGCGGAGUACAGGAAGAUGGACCAGAAGCCCCUCAUGCCGGACGACCCAGUUGACCUGCAGAAGUGGCGCAUUCUCAACCGCCUGCACGACCGCAACGAGACGCUCUAUUACCGGGUUCUGAUCGACCACAUUCAGGAGAUGAGUCGCAUUCUCUACGUGCCCACGGUGGGCACCGUGUGUCAGAAGUACAGCAGCUUGUUCCGGCGGCCCAGGGGCAUGUACUUCAGUGCGGCUGACAGGGGCGAGAUGGCGAGCAUGGUGCACAACUGGCCCGCAGACAAGGUGGAUGUGAUUGUGAUGACGGAUGGCAGCAAGGUGCUAGGGCUGGGAGACCUGGGAGUGCAGGCCAUAGCCAUUCCGGUGGGCAAGCUCGACAUGUACGUCGCUGCUGCAGGCAUCCCUCCCAACAGAGUGCUUCCAGUUAUGUUUGAUGUCGGUACCAACAAUGAGGCGCUCAUAAAGAAUCCCCUCUACCUGGGGCUGCGCCACCCCCGCGUGGACGGCGAGGCCUACCUCUCCCUCAUGGACGAAUUCAUGGCGGCGGUCUUUUCGCGCUGGCCCAAUGUCAUUGUUCAGUUUGAAGACUUUGAGAUGCGGUGGGCCAAUGCUCUCAUGGAUCGCUACAAGUCGCAGUACCGCAUCUUCAAUGAUGAUAUCGAGGGCACGGGCGGAGUGGCAGUGGCUGGCAUUCUCAACGUGCUGAGAGCGCAGCAGCUACCUCCUCUCCCUCUUUCUACCCAUCCUGGUCUCGCAUCUCCCCCUUCCUCGGAAGCGGAGGGGGUGCUGACAGCAGUGCGGAGGGCAAUGGCCGGGCAGAUCGGGCAGGGUAAAGCCGCCAUGGAUCGGGCAGCUGAAAACUUCUGGCUCGUGGAUGACCAGGGCCUGAUGACAGACGCGAGGGUGAGCUGUCCCCCUGAGUUUGAGGACUUUUUGAGGCGCGCAGAUGAAGAUGAGAGGCUCAAGGAGGGCACAAGUCUCGCGCACGUGGUGAAGCGCGUGAAGCCUCACGUGCUCGUGGGGCUGACGGGGUCGGGCCAUCUGUUUGACGACGACGUGCUCAAGGCAAUGAAGAACGCCGAUGUGUCUCGGCCCGCCGUGUUUGCUCUCUCGCAGCCUGUCAAACAAGCGGAGUGCACGGCUCAGGACGCAUUCAAGCUGCUGGGACCCAACGCUCUCUUCGCCAGUGGCUGCACCUUCCCAGACGUCCGAUUCCCGAACGGCAAGGUGGGGCACACGAGCCAAGCCAACAACGUGUUCCUGUCGCCAGGCAUUGUGUCGGGGUCGCUCCUCUCAGGCGCUCGCAUGAUUUCAGACGGCAUGCUGCAGGCUGCUGCUCACCAGCUAGCAGAGUACAUGACAGAUGAUCAGGUGCACAGGGGCAUGCUAUACCCAUGCAUGAGCCACAUCCGUGACAUCACAUCCCAUGUGGCGGUGGCGGUGGCAAGACGGGCGGCGGAAGAGGAUCUAGCGGACGGCAUCUCCAACUUGCGUGCCGACCAGCUGCUUUCCAUGUCCAAGGCGCAGCUACAGAAGGAAGUGGAGAAGAGAAUCUUGCUGGCUUUAACACCUUUCAAGGCCGCAAACGCGACGCUAGCACCAUCAUCCGCACCGGUGGAAUAUGCGACGGGGCUCGCCGCGGCGGCAGCGCCGGCGGCGGCGGCAUUCCCACUCUGCCCGCGGACGGGCGCGCUGCCCGUGAAGCCGAAAGUGCCGCCCAUUCGGUGCCUGUCUGCCGCCAAGUACACGUGCUGUAGCUCGUGCGAGGAUUUCGUCAUCUCGCUACAACAGAAUGCGGUCAACGCGACGGCGCUUCUCCUGGCUAUCGCGCCGAGCCUCGUGCUACAGCUAGCGGACUCCACGCUAGGCGCCAACUACCAGUCAUGCGACGUCACGGGGCCUUAUACCGAGGGGCAGUUCAUACUGGAGCAGUUUAUAUGCGGGAUCACGUGUAACCCAGACAGCGGAACGUAUUUCGCGCUGGCCCCCAAGCCCACUGCAUCGGUGUGCAAGAACGUGUCGCAUCAAUUCUACGACGCUGUGAAGGACGUGACAUUCCCCGGUUUCCCCGGCACGCUAGGCUCCUUUGUCAACAGCCCAGACACAUUCACGCGGCAGCUCUUCCAGGGGUUCGCGACCGCGGUGGGCAUCAAGGACUUGCAAGUCAACUUCGUGGAUCCCACCCUCAAGGCCUGUUGGAACAUGACAGGAAGGCCCCUCCCUGCCGCUGCAGGCUGCUGCGACCCAUUCAUUCUCCCCGCCACCUGCCCCUCCAAUCUCCUCGACACCACCGCCCACCCCGAAUACCUCAAAGUUCUCAACCGCACCGUCCCCGACUUCUGCCACAACCAGACAAACGGCGCCGCCCCUCCGUCAGCCCCCUCCCCGCCUGCACCUGAGGGUUCUCCAGGUUCGUCCCCUCCUGCAGGUUCGUCACCUCCUGCAGGUUCGUCACCUCCUGUAGGUUCGUCGCCGCCCGCACCUGGAGGUCCGGCAGGCGGUAACUCUAGUGUUGCUGGCAGCAGUAAUUCGACCAGCCCUGGCAAAGCAGCAGGCUCGGCAGUGUUUUUUGGUCCGGGUUCGAUGCUUACUGUGCUGGUCGCUGGUGUGCUCGCUUUGUUGGUGUGA